UUUUAUUGUUAGACCCCCGCCGGGAGACACGAGGCAGUCGGACUGCCUGGAUCGCUCCCCGAGAUGUCCCCGCGACUGUUUAGAUGGUAGAUAAGGUCCUGGAGAUUCGUCUUCCCCGCCUCCCCCACCCCCAUUCCCUUCCUCACUGGCCCCUUGCACAAAUACAGCCGCAACUAGAUGAUGAACAACAAAGGGAGACGGGUUUGGGCGCGAUCGGAUGCUACGUGCACUUGUUCCUCUUUCUGGGGUGGCUCUGGUCUCUUGGCCACGAAGCUGGUCCUGGUGGAGAGCGCCCAGGGCACCUAGCCUCACUCGCGGAUGUCCGUGGGGCUGGGGAGCUGCAGCAGCCUCCCUGGGCUUUACCAGAAGAUGCUAUCUGAGGGAUACAAGUAGGACUGCAGUUCAGAUGCAGGAGAGCUUUCAGCCUUUUGCUGCGGAUGGCGUGGGAGUGGAUGAGAAGCUGUCCUUGCGGCGGGUCGCUGUGGUGGAAGACUUCUUUGAUAUUAUCUAUUCGAUGCACGUGGAAACCGGGCCAAAUGGAGAACAAAUUCGGAAGCAUGCUGGACAGAAGAGAACUUACAAAGCAAUACAGAAAAAUGUGUGAAAUGCUCAAAGUUUCAAAUACAGAUUUCAGAGAGCUAUGCCUUCCUACCAAGAGAAGCGGUGACUCGAUUUCUAAUGAGCUGCUCAGAGUGCCAGAAAAGGAUGCACUUAAACCCAGAUGGAACAGAUCAUAAAGAUAAUGGGAAGCCUCCCACCUUGGUGACCAGCAUGAUCGACUACAACAUGCCAAUUACCAUGGCCUAUAUGAAGCACAUGAAAUUGCAGCUGCUCAACUCCCAGCAAGAUGAGGAUGAAAGUUCAAUAGAAAGCGAUGAAUUUGAUAUGAGUGAUUCAACACGAAUGUCAGCUGUGAACUCUGAUCUUAGCUCCAAUCUUGAAGAAAGAAUGCAAAGUCCCCAGACUCUUCACAGCCAGCAGGACGAUGAUUCUGCCGCAGAGAGCUUUAACGGCAAUGAGGCUCUGGGGCACAGCUCGAUUGCUUCAGGGGGAGCGCACGGCAGGGAGACGGGGGACACCAACAGUGACGGCAAAGCGGGGCUAGAGCAGGAGGAACAGCCACUGAACCUGAGUGACAGUCCCCUCUCUGCGCAGCUGACUUCAGAGUACCGAAUAGAGGACCACGGCAGCAAUGGAAAAAACAAAUACAAGAAUAUUCUAAUCUCUGACCUCAAGAUGGACCGAGAGACAAGAGAAAAUGGAAGUAAGUCUCCUGCACACAGUUACUCAAGCUAUGACUCUGGCAAAAACGAGAGCGUAGACCGAGGCGCUGAGGACCUGUCACUCAACCGAGGGGACGAGGAUGAAGAUGACCAUGACGACCAUGAUGAUUCUGAGAAGGUGAACGAGACAGACGGCGUGGAGGCAGAGAGGCUGAAAGCUUUUAAUAUGUUUGUCAGGCUGUUUGUAGAUGAAAACUUGGACCGAAUGGUCCCAAUCUCUAAGCAGCCCAAAGAAAAGAUCCAGGCUAUCAUUGACUCAUGCAGGAGACAAUUCCCUGAGUACCAAGAGCGUGCGAGAAAGCGCAUACGUACUUACCUCAAGUCCUGCAGGCGGAUGAAAAGAAGUGGUUUUGAGAUGUCUCGACCUAUUCCUUCCCACCUUACUUCAGCAGUUGCCGAGAGUAUCUUGGCUUCAGCUUGUGAGAGCGAGAGCAGAAAUGCCGCCAAGAGGAUGCGUCUGGAAAAGCAGCAGGACGAGUCCGCUCCAGCUGACAAGCAGUGUAAACCAGACGCAGCCCAGGCUACCUACUCAGCAUCGACUGUUCCAGGCUCGCAGGAGGUGCUCUACAUCAAUGGAAAUGGGACCUACAGUUACCAUAGUUACCGAGGUCUAGGAGGGGGACUGCUCAAUCUGAAUGAUGCUUCCAGUAGUGGACCCACCGAUCUCAGCAUGAAGAGGCAGUUGGCAACCAGUUCAGGGUCAUCCAGCAGCUCAAGCUCCAGACCACAGCUGAGUCCAACUGAAAUCAAUGCUGUGAGACAGCUUGUUGCAGGAUAUCGGGAAUCAGCUGCAUUUUUAUUGCGUUCUGCAGAUGAACUGGAAAAUCUCAUUUUACAACAGAACUGAGUCGAAUGAUGACCGUAUUCACUGAAUUCUAAAUUUGCAGUUUCCACUAAUGACAUUUUGAUUUCCCAGCAGAGGUACUUCUGGUCUUACUGCACAAUCUUUUAAGAAAAAUACUUCCAUUAUGCCACAUUGUCCCUGAUCCAUAAAAUGAUGUGUUAAGGUGCUUCAAAGGAACUCUGACCUCUGAAGUACUUGAGAUACUUAAGUGUGUCCAGCCUAUUGCUUUUUGUUUUAGUAUGUCAGCGUAACUAUCAUGGGCAAACAAGGCUGCAUAUUCUUAACUCAAGGAUAAAAUGGAAGAAACUUGUGGUAUUAAAAAAAAAAAAAAGUAGCUCAAGAUCCAACUGAAACAUUAGUGGAAUUCGCUGCUGACUCAUUGGACUGAAAGCUGAAUUACCUGGCAAAAAAAAAAAAAAAGCCAAAUUCUUGUUGCUACAGAAUAUAACAACAAUGAAAAAGGAUCUUGUAUUUUAAAAAAAUAUGUAAUUUUUAUAAAAAGAAAACUUGUUUUUCAUUCAGAAUUGUCAUUUUUACUUUAGUAACUUUUUCAUAGGUCCUAAAAGAAAACUGUUUUGAGAAAAUACUGUAAGUACCUUUUCCAUAUCCCUUUGCCUCCUCCUCUUUCCAAAUUCUUUCUACAAAAAAAAAAAAAGUAACACUUGAUGCUGGAAAAAAAAAAAAAAAAAAAACCUUGCCUACGUUCUUAAAAUUGUCACAUCAGGAACUACUUCUAAGAGAAGCCUGCAAUUCUACAUGGAUACUGGUCUCAAAAAAAUAAAAAUAAAAAGUAACAAUCCACUCCAUACUGCAACUUUCCCAUAGCAGUUUUCAUCAAAGAAUUGUUUUCAAUGUUCAUGUUGAGGAAAACCUUCACACUUUGGUUCCUUUAGAACCGCUCGCUCCCGAUUGCCGCUGCGGCUGUAAGAGCAUCCCUCCAGCAGCAACUGGAUGUAGAUGACUGAAUGUUGAGAGGUUGCAAGUGACAAUCCGAAAAUUUGCACUCUUGUGUGUAGUCUUCUUUUCAUUUAUCUCUUUCAGGAAUAUUUCCCAAAAGACCAUUAUGUCUCCUGGUAUGAUUUGUAUAAUUUGCAGUUUUAGCUAAAAAUAAAGAACUGUCAGCGGAUGCAGCUGCGACUUAGAAUGAACUUCACCCUCCUCCAUAUUUUGCCCUUCUUUCUUCUUUUCCAGUGUUGGAUACACUUGAGUGAUGUUUUCUUUGUGCACUGAAGCAAGCCUAUGUUAACAUACUUAGGAAGAAGUACUUUAGUUGAUAUUUCUUGUAUAAUUAUUUAUUUCUGUCAAUGAGCUUCGGUUGGAUUACAAAUCUUUUGUGCAUUCCUCAAUUUGCCUUAUUUCAUGUAAAAUUAAUGUCAUUCAGUUUUUGACAAUGAGUUGAAGGCAUCAGUGGUAUUUCUUAUCUACUUGUUGCAUAUAGUUUUUCAAGUAAUGACUGUGAUUGUGACCGAGUAAUGUGCACUUUUCCUUGUAUCUGUGGACAUUGCUAUGCUUUUUUUCUUCUAGUGUUUCUAGAAUUACUAUUCCUUACAGUUAUGUAAACAAAAAAUGCAAAAAACAAAAAAAGAGAACUUUUGUGAUACUGUUGGUGAAUCUAAUGUGAAAAUCUUAUUGAAAUAUGAGUAUUUUGGAAAUACAUAGAUGCACAAACAUCUUUUAAGGUGUGGAUUUAGAGUUUGCUUAUUUAAAUGAAAAAUCAAAAAAUUGAGGGCUGGUAUAAUUUUUCUCUGUUUUGUUUGGUUUUAAUAAACAAAUUUCUGUGUUAAA